AUGCCUCCGAUCAAAGGUGUUGUAAUACUCAAUAUACGAAUUUUUUUUAAAGGACUUUUAUAUCCGUAUUUACACAAUUUUAAAACAGUGUAUGUUAAAUGGAAGGGGCAAAGUUAUGAAGUAGAACUUGAUACUGAUGCGCCGGCUAGUGAUUUCAAGGCUCAACUCUUUUCCAUGACUGAUGAUGAUACCGAUCUUAAUACACUCAAUAUUAAAGAAUUACCAUCAGGUCUGAAAAAUCUGGGUAAUACUUGUUACAUGAAUUCCACUUUGCAGUGUCUUCGCACCAUACCUGAAUUACAAGAAUCGCUAAACAGUGCCUUUCCUCAAUUUGAUCAACGUAACGUUAACGGUUACUUGCAACAAGAUGCUGAAGAAUGUUGGACUCAAAUUGUUACUAGUUUGAAUAAUGCAAAUAUUCCGGUAUCUGGACCGCAAGACAGCUCAGCUGCAUCAGAAGAGUCAUCACUAAAUGAGUCUUUCGUUAAACAGUAUAUGACGGGAAAUUUUACUGAGAUAGUCCAAUUUCCUUUUGAUUACGACGCAUAUGAAUUAUGCACAGAUGAAUUAAAGCAAAAGAUUGGACCAUUGAGAGCAUAUAUUCUUGAGCACGAAAAAGAAAAGGAUGUGGCUAAGCGUAAAGCAAAGCUCUCAAAGAAUUCAGGUGAAAAGGAAACGGCUGAAUCUAAGAACGACAGUAAAACUAACGAAAUUAAUGAUGAGAUCAAAAAAUUGACUGAUCCCGAGUUGGCAAAGGAUCUUGGUGCUAACACGUCAGGACUAUAUGAGCUUUGUGCUGUGCUUACUCACAUCGGACGGUCAGCAGAUUCUGCUGAGGACUGGGUCAAAUACGAUGAUGAUAAAGUCUCAAUCGUGCCACAAACAGAGAUUCAGAAACUUGACG